AGCGAAGAGUUACCGAGCAGAAGAGCGAGCGAGGCAGAGGCACUGGCGAAGGGGGCGAGAGAGAGAGACCGCGACGGACCGUGUUUUCGAGUGCUUACUUUUGUGAUUUUCUUUUUUCUUUUCUUUUUUUUUCGUUUGUGUUUUUGUUUUUUUGUGUUUUGUUUUCGUAAGAGUGUGCGGUUUAACUCGCGGUCGGUCCUUUAAGUUUCUCUUGUCGUGUUUGGUGCUGGAGUUUGAUUGAAACACAAAUGAUAUUACAAAGAAGAGAGACAUAUGUGAAAAAAUAACUAACAAUAACUAAAGAACAGAAUAUCAAACGAAAUUUUCCGGAAAAAAAACAAAACUUAUCGAGUGGUAAAAGAAAGGGGAAAUAAUCAGAAAGAGAAAAAAAACAACAACAACAACAAAUCGAACAAAACAAACAAAUCAACAAAAUUCGAUAACAUACCUGGCCCACGAGCAAGCAAAUACAUCCAAAAUUAUACCAAUAAGGAUUUUUUUGCCCAAAUUUCUCCUGUCCUGCCUGGGGGGUGCGCAGGAGGAGACCUGGCCCUUCGACACGCGGAAGAUGAGGAAGGGCCAGUACAGUAAGCUGGAGAACGAGUACAGUCACCAGUGGGAUGCAGGAGGAGACGACGCCCAAGGGAGCAGGGGCGGCGUCUCUAAGGGCGGUAUCCCUCAAGAUGGCUCGUUCCAGGAGGCGGAAGCGCUACCGUCGCCUUCGGGAGUCCUUCGGAGGCGCAGUGACGAAGAGAAGCCCUUGGAAGCCUCACAGAAACAGAAGAUGCUGAGGAGUGACAGUAAGAAGUCUCCUUCGGACCCGCUGAAGCCGAUAAAGCUGAAGCUGAUCCCGCGCAACGUGCAGCUGGACCGGUGCGGGAAGCCGUGCGGGGCAUCGCUCGGCGCCGCCCGCGUGCCGCCCGCCGCUUGCAGCGGUGUGUGCGCCCCCCGCCCCUCCCUCCACACCGCCGUCGCCCACGCCUCGGGCGCCCACACCGUACUCAGGAACGUCCCGCCGCCCUCAGGCCAGCAGGGCCUACAGACGCCGGUGUGGUUCCCGGGCGCGCGCUGCGGGCGGCGCUGCAGUUCGCCGCAGACGCCCAUGUUCGCCGGCUGCACGCCCUUCGUGGGCAAGCGGCCACCCCGCUCAGCGCAGACGUCGCCGUCAGCGCCCAAGUCGCCCAAGCUGACCUCGAGCAGCAGCGAUCCCUGGAGCCAGAUCGUCACCAAGAACUACCGAGCGGGGAGCAUCGGGGGCGGCGCUCCCCCGGGGGAGAUGGAGUGGCUCGCCGCCCCCACCCCCCGCUCGCGCAAGGGCUCGUGGUCGUCGGCGUCCACCGACUACGACUUCUCUCCGUGCUGGUGAGUACGAACGACUUGUGGCCCCGCGCGCUGCGGAUCCUCCUUCAACGUGAUGUGGCCUCCACGAGGGCCGCUCGAGUGCCAUACCGGCCGGAUUUUAUGAUUCUGCUGCGGUGGAGGUUUUAUUAAUAAAUGCGUAACAUGUAAGGAGAGAAGAAAAAUUCAGAGA